UACGCGCUGGUGCGAACAUGGAGGCGGUUGUGUCAGAACUAGUGGCACCAGAAGAUCUAAAGAGGUUUGAGAAGAAGUACAACGCUGAGCUGGUGAAAGGACCCGUUUCCAGGGAAACCACAUUUGAGUAUGCCUGGUGUUUGAUCAGAAGCAAGUACACAAAUGACAUUGUAAAAGGCAUUCAGCUACUGGAAGAACUGGUUUCUACGAGCAAAAAAGAUGAUCAGAGAGAUUUUCUGUUCUACCUUGCUGUUGCAAACUACAGACUUAAGGAGUAUGAGAGAGCACUGAAGUACAUUCGUACUCUGCUGAAGAAUGAACCAGAUAAUAAACAGGCCCUGGAGCUGGAGAAACUCAUCAACAGGGCACUAAGAAAAGAUGGUUUAGUUGGCAUGGCGAUCGUCGGCGGUAUCGGUUUAGGUGUGGCGGGAUUGGCUGGUCUUAUUGGUUUGGCUGUGAACAAAGGUGCAAAGUCCUAAUAUGGAGUUCCUGAAGAGCAUACUUUGAUUCUGUUCCUCUCCAGAAGAGAGACUUAAUGAUCUCUUAUAAUCAUAUAAUCACAGAAAACCAUGAGGAGGCCUGUCCCUUUUUAUUUAGUAUUUUUCUGCCAUGACUUUCAUAUUGAGCGCUCAUAUUUUACCACGUUUCUUUUUGUUUUAUGAUUCUUCAGCUCUUUUUGGUAUGUAUAGAGAUGUGGGGAUGGAAUAAAGUAAUAAGUUGUAUGUUUUUCCUCUGAAAUCUUUCAUUUUUCAAAGGAAAUUAAACUACAGAGGCUUGCCAAGGAUUUGCAGUACAGGAUAAGAUGUAUUGUAAUAACAUGCACUUUUGGGGUUUUCUUUUUUAAUUAAAUAUAUAGGUUUUUUUAAUUAAAUAUAUAAAUGUACUUACACUAUAGAUAAUUAAUAUGGAACAUUUUUGAUAAGCUAUAUUAAAACCUCAUGUCUGUUAAUGAA